AUGACAGAUGAUGAUUCAUCCAUGAACAGCGUGAAUAGGAAGGGAACCAGGGAAACUGGUGAAGCUGCCUCGCCUGGCAGGUAUCCCACUGUAGGGCAGGGUGGGCCCGGUCGUCAACCAGCUGCUGCCAGAAUGAAAUGGAGCAGAGAUAUGAACAUUGCUGUAAUGGAGUGCUACUAUCUGUGUAAACCAGUUGAUUAAAGUGGCAGACCAGUCAGAGGAUAUGGACAGAGAAUGCAUGCUGUCUGGAAGGAAAGAGGUUUACCAAAGAUAACAGAGCAGAGACUAUGUGAUCAGGCUAGGGCGAUCAGAAAAAGUGAGUGGUUUACUUCCUUCGAGUUGGAUGAAAUCAGGAGAAGAAUGACUAAAGUAGAUGAAGAAUUAGAGGAACAGGAUGCCGGGUGUAUAGACACAGAACCAGAACAGGUCGAUAAACUAAAUGGAGCUGUCAAUGUGCAGAUUACAGACAAUGAUACGAGGAAUGAUGAGGAGAGGCAAAUGUUAAAGGACAUAGUGGAAAUUAUGAGAAGCGGACAGGUGUGGAAUGGUGCUGGUUUUAAGAAGGUUGAAAGGAAAGUGGUGUCAGAAUGGACGAAGAAGGUGAAUAGAGUAGUGUCAGAGAUACAAACUACCAAUAUCACUGACACAAAUAAAUUGAUUAAUGCUACUGCGAUC